AUUUUUGAGUGAUUCGUGACGCACCAGCUUCCGAACGGACAGGAUAAUUUUUACAGGCAAGAUGGCGACUUCGGAGCCGGUAAGCGAGAUCGAGGUAUAUGGACAUUUGACGACUAAAAACUGAAUGUAGAACCCAUCCUGUUUUUACUUCGUUAAGUUUAAUCUUAUAGGGGUUAAAUCUACCAGGUUUUAACGGAAUAUUUUCUCCGGCAUCUGUGAAAGCGCGGGUGUCUGGUUCCAACAUGCUCAGCAAUGCUAGCGAUGGAUUUGUGGGGUGGCAUUGGAGACUGUUGGCAGGGAGUGACUGGACAUUGCUAGGUAGUUCCCAAUUGGUUCAUUGAUUCAAUAUAUUACACUAUUACUUUGUGUCCUUUCAAAUAUAUUGAUCUUAUUUGUGAUUGGUUUUAUUUACACGAUUAAAAAAAGUGUGACAUCUGGACACGUGUGUCCGUGCUGUGUUAACUAGAUUGUACGUUAACGUUACCUUACUACCUGUAGCUAGCUAGCUUGCUAACGUUAACUAACUUGCUGCCAUGGGGCUUGCUCAUUUGAAUCUGCAUAAAUUGACCGAAUUACUAGUUGUAAUUAGUUAACUAGCUACGUUAGUUGCCUAUAUUAGCUAUACAACAGUCGGACAUGAUUGAAUUAGCUACUUAACUAGCUACUGUAGUGGUUAACGUCAAAAGGGGUUUAGUUAACUAGUUAUUAGGGAGUGAGUCAUCCAGUCAACUGAAGUAGUUAGCUAUCUUCUUGGCAUCCGCCCCAUCCAGCAGGCGCAUGACUUGCGGCGAAUCAAUUAAUCAGAGAUUAAGCAUAUGGACGGUCUAGCUAGCUAACUAACUACUUAGGAGCUAGCUACCGAGUAGUAGCUAGUUUCAAUCACAUGUGGCUCUCUAGUAGUAGUAGUAGCAGCUAGUAGUAAUAGUUAACUACACAAACGUUUGGCUUAGUCUCGGGUGAGCAGAAAACGUAGCUAACUAACCACAUUGACAAAACACAGAGCCGACUAGCCAAUGUCACCUCACAUCACCUUGUUCUAGAUCUUUCAAAAGUGGAAGUCUAGCUAGAUCUUCAGCAUCUCCUACAGAGAUGUUGGUAGAUAUUCAGUAUACAUGUAGAGGCAUUGAAUGUAUCAUUCAGUAGUAGAAAUGGCAGAUACUGACCUUUCAAAACUUAGUUUUAUCUUUAAUCAAAACGUUGAAAUGUAGUCCGACAUGGAUAGAAUACCUGCAAGUGUAGUAUUGUUUUAGUGUCAGUAGUAGUUAGUAUCCAUGAUUAGCCUUUAUUUUGAUAUGAUUGUGUAUGUUAGGAGCUAUUGGCAGGAUGGGUCUAAGGAUGUCAGAUUUCCUGCAAACAGCUAAUAUUGUAACGUUACUGGUGAAUGUUUUUGCUGUGUCAUCCCAUCCAGAAAGCACCUGAAACAGAAGAGCCCCAACCUGAAGUAAUCCCCACUGCACCACCUGUGGUCACUGGUUCUGAGCAGUACAUCAAACACCCCCUGCAAAACAAGUAUGGAUACUGUGUGUCUGUCUGCUUUUGUGCAUUACAAUUAGUAAAUGUUCCCUUGAGACAACUUCUGGUAGUGUGGUAGUCAGUACAUGCUACAAUCAGUGACACAGGUAGCCUGAAACAUAGGCUAUUACUUUGCAGAAUUCCAGGUUUAUAUAGCAUAGCAGAUAGGAUUAGAAGAGAUAAUGUCUCCUCAUUGAAUCUACUCUGCCUGUGAUUGCCAUAUUAUUCACCAUAGGUGAAUACAGAGAGGCUACUUACUCUGCCACUGUAGCCCAUUACUUACUACAGUGGAAUCUCCACCAAAUAGUUGAGACUUUCUCUCUGCUGUGUAAGACUUGUAGAUGACUUAUAAGUCUGUCCUUUAGAUGUUUGGGCUGGAAGCAGUGCUUGUUUGGUACAAUAUUUCCACUUUGCUGACAACUGGCUGCUGAUUACAACACAUCUGCUGCUCAGCGUUGACACCAGGGGUAUAUUCACAAGGGGGAAAAUGGAACAAAACAGGGAGGGAGCUGCCUGAAUUUGUCCAAUUGAAACACUCGUUUUCGUUGAAAAACGCAACUGUUUGGACUGAUGAUUACAUCCCUGGGGUACUUCAACGAAAACUAGAGUUUCUAUUAGACAAUUUCAGGUAGGUCCCUCCCCCGUUUCGUUCUGUUGGCUUCCGUUUGGUUCCUAGUGAAUAAAUCCCAGGGUCAUGUUCAUUCAUUAGGUACCAAACGUAAGGGAAAUGACUGAAACAGAACUGGACUUCUGAUGCGAAACCUUUUAAAACAUGUUAUUAUUGUGUGCCCAAAUGAACACAACCCAGAUGGGGAUACUAGGGUCACGCUCACUAGGCCAAAAACGCUUUGGUGCUUCCCAGAAUGUUUCCAUCCAUAUUUCUAUUCACAUGCUCACAGCUAGCUUUAACCCUAAACCUAGAUGAAGAACAAAGCUGAUCAAACUUGCUCUCUACAGAUGUGACAUUGACAUUGUGAUGUCACCACUUUUGUCUGUUCUGGCACAUCCCAUCGAGUGGCUGUCUAUUCAAUAGGGAGCCAGGCCAUACACUACUGUAGGCAGUACACUGGGCCGGGUAGAACUGCUGACAUAAAACACUGCCUCGUAGACCCACUCUAGACCUUUCUGUCUGUCCUUUCCCUGCCUCUCAGGUGGAUGCUGUCCCUCCCUAACCACCGAUUCUGGGUCAUUCUGAUGAUUUAAAACUCCAUAGUUCUGGUAUUUUUUACUGUUUGAAAAACUUGAUCCUAGACCAGUGGAUUUCAGAUUCUGUUCGCAGGGAUUUUUCUGCCAUUGACAUCCUUGGGCUAAGCUUUAUUCUGGGCCACCUAAGUCCACAGUUUAAAAAAUAAUAUAUAUAUAUAUAUAUAUAUAUAUACACACAGCUGUGGAAAAAAUUGAGACCACUGCAAAUUUAUCUUAAAUCAGCAUCUCUACAUGUAUGACAGCCAUUCCAUUCCAGUGUCUGUUGAAUUCCAACACAGGCACACCUCAUUCUACUGAAUUAGGUACUGAUUAGGUGAUCACAUGAACCAAAUCUUAUUUAAUGAGGAAAAGUAUAAAAACCACUGCUGUGGUCAUCACUAUCCUCUUGCAAUAGGACCAGCUGGAUGGCAAAAACAUUGCUAAUAGUACCUCAAAAGUAAUAUUAAUCAAAAAAUAACUAUUGACCAUGCCAAAAUAGUUGAAAAGGAAAGUUUUGAGUGAGGAAAAGAAGGGUUCAAUUCUGGCUUUACUGGCAGAGGGAUACAGUGAGUGUCAGGUUGCUUCCAUCCUUAAAAUUUAAAAGACGGCGGUUCAUAAGAACAAGGUCACGCAGCAGACAUUGGGGACAACAAAGCUACAGACCGGCAGAGGGCGAAAACGACACUCUACUGACCGGGAUGACCGCCAACUCAUUCGAAUGUCACUCAACAACCGUAGGAUGACAUCAAGUGACCUACAAAAAUAAUGUCAAACGGCAGCUGGGGUGAAGUGCACGGCGAGGACGGUUCGAAACAGGCUCCUAGGGGCAAGGCUGAAGUCGUCGUGUAAAGCUAGAAAAAAGGCCUUCAUCAAUGAGAAGCAAAGAAGAGCCAGGCGGAGGUUUGCAAAAGACCAUAAGGAUUGGACCGUAGAGGACUGGAAUAAGGUCAUCUUCUCUGAUGAGUCCAAUUUUCAGCUUUGCCCAACACCUGGUCGUCUAAUAGUUAGACGGAGACCUGGAGAGGCCUACAAGCCACAGUGUCUCGCACCCACUGUGAAAUUUGGUGGAGGAUCGGUGAUGAUCUGGGGGUGCUUCAGCAAGACUGGAAUCGGGCAGAUUUGUCUUUGUGAAGGACGCAUGAAUCAAGCCACGUACAAGGUUGUCCUGGAAGAAAACGUGCUUCCGUUUGCUCUGACAUUGUUCCCCAACUGAGGAUUGUUUUUUCCAGCAGGACAAUGCGCCAUGCCACACAGCCAGGUCAAUCAAGGUGUGGAUGGAGGACCACCAGAUCAAGACCCUGUCAUGGCCAGCCCAAUCUCCAGACCUGAACCCCAUUGAAAACUUCUGGAAUGUGAUCAAGAGGAAGAUGGAUGGUCACAAGCCAUCAAACAAAGCCGAGCUGCUUGAAUUUUUGCGCCAGGAGUGGCAUAAAGUCACCCAACAUCAAUGUGAAAGACUGGUGGAGAGCAUGCCAAGACGCAUGAAAACUGUGAUUGAAAAUCAGGGUUAUUCCACCAAAUAUUGAUUUCUGAACUCUUCCUAAGUUAAAACAUUAGUAUUGUGUUUAAAAAUGAACAUUAACUUAUUUUCUCUGCAUUAUUCGAGGUCUGACAACACUGCAUCUUUUUUGUUAUUUUGACCAGUUGUCAUUUUCUGCAAAUAAAUGCUCUAAAUGACAAUAUUUUGGGGGGGGGAAUUUGGGAGAAAUGUUGUCAGUAGUUUAUAGAAUAAAAUAAAAAUGUUAUUUUUACCCAAACACAUGCCUAUAAAUAGUAAAACCAGAGAAACUGAUAAUUUUGCAGUGGUCUCUGAAUUUUUUCCGCAGCUGUAUAUAAAUACAAUGUAGACGACUAAAAGCAGAUAUAAAGUAUAUAGAAAAGAUAAUGGACCUAUAGUUUUUUAAAUAAUAUAAUCUUUGAGAACUAACAAUUACCUAAAUAAAAGAUACAGGGAGAAUUGGAAAGCAAAAUAACACCGCAUUAGCCAUGGCAAAAUACAUAGAAUUGCAGGAAAUUAGCUUUAAAACUGCAAAACAUGCUCAGCUCCAUGGAGACAUUUUUAUAAUUGCAGGAAAUUGGCUUAAAAAUCCUUUACACUGCCAAGAUGGGGUCCUCCAAAAUUCAGCCGUGCCUACGCCGCCUGCCAUGCCCACCACAUCAGCCUCUUUUUGAUCUGCAUUGGUUUUGGUGUUGGUACUUCGCAGCUCUCUGAAUGUUACGCCGCUGCCAGAGAAAAAACAAACCGAAACCUUGCGCAACCUCUUCCUCCUUUUUGUUUUUCUGGGUGAUACUAGGGACUAGGAAGUCUGGAGUCACUCAAUACACACACACACACUGUAUGACUCUGUUGUAGGGAGUUCUGGACUUCAACAGACUGUGUUUACGGUACGUGGCUCAACAUCCCGUUUGUUUUGUAUGUUCUUCAGGACCCCAACAACAAUAGUGUAGACCAUUCCAUAAUCCACAGGCUUUACCUCAACUAUGACACAUUAGUGUUUGUUUACACGUCUAUGACCUCACUCUGGUUCACCAGACGAGUCACGCCAGGUGUUUUCUCGUCUCAACACUGGUCUUGUGUAAUAAUAACAUAUUUAUCAGUGGGGCAACACUAGAGUGCUUCCUCUAGUCAACUGCUCUACUGAUAGUCAGUGUGAUAACUAAGCACAGGUAUUUUCAGGAAGUGUCCAGGUGGGGCGUGGGUAUAAAUUUAGCAUGGGGGGGGGCACAGGGUUCAGUCCAUGCCCUAUCCACCCCUCCCUCCCUCCUACCAUCCCUCCCUCCCCUACUACGCUAUUCCCUUCCUGGGAAACAGAUGAAAUAAUAAUGGUAGGACUGGUGAAAAAGGGAAGUGUUUGUAGCAGGGUGGAUGACUGCCUGGUUCUCUGUUCUUCUAUUCAACAUUUAUAUGCAUGUUACUUAUACUUAUAUUACUUACACUUGCUGUUGUACACAAUGGGGAAAAGAACAAAUAGGCAAUAACAUAGUGUAUUCAGACCCCUUGACUUUUUCCACAUUUUAUGUUACAGCCUUAUUCGGGAUUAAAUCGUUUUUUCCCCCUCAUCAAUCUACACACAAUAAUACCCCAUAAUGACAAAGCAAAAACUGGUUUUUAGACAUUUUUGCAAAUGUAUUAAAAAUAAAAAAACGGAGAUAUUACAUUUGCAUCAGUAUUCAGACCCUUUAGUCAGUACUUUGUUGAAGCACCUUUGCCAGCGAUUACAGCCUCGAGUCUUCUUGGGUAUGACGCUACAAGCUUGGCACACCUGUAUUUGGGGAGUUUCUCCCAUUCUUCUCUGCAGAUCCUCUGAAGCGCUGUCAGGUUGGAUGGGGAGCGUCGCUGCACAGCUAUUUUCAGGUCUCUCCAGAGAUGUUUGAUCGGGUUCAAGUCCGGGCUCUGGCUGGGCCACUCAAGGACAUUCAGAGACUUGUCCCGAAGCCACUCCUGUGUUGUCUUGGCUGUGUGCUUAGGGUCGUUUUCCUGUUGGAAGCUUCAUUAAAUGUAGGUCUACUGUUGGAAGCUUCAUUGGUUGUAGGUCUACUGUUGGAAGCUUCAUUGAUUUGUAGGUCUACUGUUGGAAGCUUCAUUGAUUUGUAGGUCUACUGUUGGAAGCUUCAUUGAUUUGUAGGUCUACUGUUGGAAGCUUCAUUGAUUUGUAGGUCUAUUGUUGGAAGCUUCAUUGAUUUGUAGGUCUAUUGUUGGAAGCUUCAUUGAUUUGUAGGUCUACUGUUGGAAGCUUCAUUGAUUUGUAGGUCUACUGUUGGAAGCUUCAUUAAAUGUACUGUUAUGUUUUCUUAGAAUUAAUCCUUGGUUUGGCUGAUGAACAUCAAUACAUAACUUUCCAUAACUGUUACUGCUGUUGACCGGGACAGACAGACAGACACACACAUUGACUGGUCACUCUGAUAGGUGCAGAAGGUAAGAUUCGCUCACUAAAGACAAAUAGAAGCCUCUGUCUGUCUGUGCGGACCGGGGAGUGCGAUGGGGAAUCUCUGACUGUGUCCUCUCACUUCAGAUGGGCCCUGUGGUAUUUCAAAAACGACAAGAGCAAAAGCUGGACAGAGAACCUCCGUCUCAUCGCAAAGUUUGACACAGUGGAAGACUUCUGGGCGUGAGUACUCUUCCUCUUUCUCGCUCUUCCUCAUCAUCCUCUUCCUCCACCCCUUCUUCCUCUCCAUCCUAUGAUGUUAUCGUGACAAUCGGUGUGGGAAAAAAUUGACAAUUUCUGUUCAGCAGGGCAUAAUGUUCAUUUGUAGCUAGAAAUGCAUUCUACAGUAUGGACACACGUUUCUGUUAUGUGAAGUAAAGGACUGUGGCAGUUCUAUGCCAUAUAUUGCUAUCUGUGCCCUGAAUGUUGUGCCUCAUGACUUCUCUCCAAAAAAUAAAAAUGGAGAAUGGCAUAGAACUAUCAAUUGUCUCACUAUCAUUUCAUAAUCAUAGUGUGUAAUAUUCUUGUAUAUCUGUAGGCCUGUGUUUAAGUGUGCCUCUUGGUUGUGUGUUGUAGAUUAUAUAACCACAUACAGCAGCCCAGUAAGUUAGGCUUCGGCUGUGACUACUGCUUAUUUAAGGUAAGUGGACUUCUGAAACAAACAGUAUCCCUUCAGAAGACAUGUCGCUGUUCUGUACGUUGUCAAGUUAAUAACAUUAAAUGAAAACAUCAGGGCCUGUGUGCAUAAAGCCUCUCAGAGUAGGACUGAUGAUCUAGGACAGGGUUUCCUAAACUCAGUCCUUGGGACCCCAUUUUUGUUUUUGCCCUAACACUGGACAGCUGAUUCAAAUGAUCAAAGCUUGAUGAUUAGUUGAUUAUUUGAAUCAGCUGUGUAGUGCUAUGGAAAAAACCAAAGGUGCACCCCUUGGGGUCCCAAGGGCUGAGUUUGGGAAACCCUGAUCUAGGAUCAGGUCCCCCUUAUCCAUAUAAUCUCAUUCAUUAUGAUCUAAAAGGCUAAACUGAUCCUAGAUCGGCACUUCUACAGUAAGACACUUUAUGAAUACGGGCCCAGGAUGUACAGUGCAUUUGGAAAGUAUUCAGACUCCAUCCCCUUUUCCACAUUUUGUUACAUUACAGCCUUAUUGUAAAAUUGAUUUUUUUUUUAAAAAUUCUCUCAUCAAUCUACACCAAUACCCCAUAAUGACAAAGCAAAAACAGUUUUUUUGAUUUUUUUUCUAAUUAAAAAUAAGCUGAAAUAUCAAAUUUACAUAAGUAUUCAGACCUUUUACUCAGUACUUUGUUGAAGCACCUUUGGCAGCGAUUACAGCCGCCAGUCUUCUCGGGUAUGACACUACAAGCUUGGCACACCUGUAUUUGGGGAGUUCCUCCCAUUCUUCUAUGCAGAUCCUCUCAAGCUCUGUCAGGUUGGAUGGGGAGCGUCGCUGCACAGGUAUUUUCAGAUCUCUCCAGAGAUGUUAGAUCGGGUUCAAGUCCGGGCUCUGGCUGGACCACUCAAGGACAUUCAGAGACUUUUCCUAAAGCCACUCCUGCGUUGUCUUGGCUGUGUGCUUAGGGUCGUUGUCCUGUUGGAAGGUGAACCUUCGCCCCAGUCUGAGGUCCUGAGCGCUCUGGAGCAGGUUUUCAUCAAGGAUCUCUCUGUACUUUGCUCAGUUCAUCUUUCCCUCAAUCCUGACUAGUCUCCCAGUCCCUGCUGCUGAAAAACAUCCCCACAGCAUGAUGCUGCCACCACCAUGCUUCACAGUAGGGAAGAUAUUGGCCAGGUGAUGAGCGGUGCGUGGUUUGGCAUUCAGGCCAAAGAGUUCAAUCUUCUUUAAAUCAGACCAGAGAAUCUUGUUUCUCAUGGUCUGAGAGUCCUUUAGUUGCCUUUUGGCAAACUCCAAGCAGGCUGUCAUGUGCCUUUUACUGAGGAGUGGCUUCUGUCUGGCCACUUUACCAUAAAGGCCUGAUUGGUGGAGUGCAGCAGAGAUGGUUGUCCUUCUGGAAGGUUCUUCCAUCUCCACAGAGGAACUCUGGAGCUCUGUCAAAGUGACCAUUGGGUUCUUGGUCACCUCCCUGACCAAAGCCUUUCUCCCCCGAUUGCUCAGUUUGACCGGGCGGCCAGCUCUAGGAAGAGUCUUGGUGGUUCCAAACUUCUUCCAUUUAAGAAUGAUGGAGGCCACUGUGUUCUUGGGGACCUUCAAUGCUGCAGAAUGUUUUUGAUACCCUUCCCCAGAUCUGUGCCUCGACACAAUCCUCAACACAAUUCCGUCAACCUCAUUUCUUGGUUUUUGCUCUGACAUGCACUGUCAACUGUGGGACCUUUAUAUAGACCGGUGUGUGCCUUUCCAAAUCAUGUCCAAUCAAUUGAAUUUACCACAGGUGGACUCCAAUCAAGUUGUAGAAACAUCUCAGAGAUGAUCUAUGGAAACAGGAUGCACCUGAGCUCAAUUUUGAGUCUCAAAGCAAAGGGUCUGAAUACUUAUGUAAAUAAGGUAUUUCUGUUUUGUAUUUUUUUAUACAUUUGCACACAUCUCAUCCUGUUUUCGCUUUGUCAUUAUGGGGUAUUGAUGAGGUAACAAAAUGUGGAAAAAGUGAGGGGUCUGAAUAAUUUCCGAAUGCACUGUACGUUGGGAUCAAGCUUUGAGCUAACGUUCCCCCACCACUCUGUGUCAGGAUGGGGUGAAGCCGAUGUGGGAGGAUGACAAGAACAAGCUGGGUGGGAGGUGGCUGAUGACCCUCAGUAAACAGCAGAGACAAAUCGACCUCGACCGCUACUGGAUGGAGACGGUAAGCAUCACUAUCCCUAAACCUGGGUCAUGUUCAUUAGGAAGCAAACUGGACCGAAACAAGAAAGGCUCACUUUUGUUUUCCAUUGCAAAAUGUUAUCGAAUGUUUCCAGUUGUGUACCCUAAUGAAUUUGACCCUGGGCUGUGUAGUGUUCAUUAAGGCACACAACAAAAACAUUGCAAUGGUCCAGGUUUUCCCUCCAUCGUUCAGUCAGUGUUCCUCUCUUUGAUGAACACAACCCUGCUGCAACUCUUCAUGACUAUACUACCGGAGUGUUGUCGAAUAAUCUUCUGUAAAGGAUGGGUCGCUAGACGGUGACUUAACAGGUAAAUAACAUGUUAUUCAUUCCAGAGUAUCAUGUACUAGAUUUGUGUGUGUUGCAGCUGUUGUGUUUAAUCGGCGAGUCGUUUGACGAGGCCAGUGAAGACGUCUGUGGAGCGGUAGUCAACGUCAGACCCAAGGGAGAUAAAAUAUCCAUCUGGACCGGGAAUUGUCAGAACAAGGAAGCCAUUGUGGCGAUAGGGUAGGUCACAUCUCUUGCCUUUUGUCAAUUGGGUAAAAGUCCGUCCCCCACUCCUCUGUCCCCCACUCCUCCGUCACCAUACAGUGGGGGAAAAAAGUAUUUAGUCAGCCACCAAUUAUGCAAGUUCUCCCACUUAAAAAGAUGAGAGGCCUGUAAUUUUCAUCAUAGGUACACGUCCACUAUGACAGACAAAUUGAGAGAGAGAAAAUCCAGAAAAUCACAUUGUAGGAUUUUUUAUGAAUUUAUUUGCAAAUUAUGGUGGAAAAUAAGUAUUUGGUCACCUACAAACAGGCAAGAUUUCUGGCUCUCACAGACCUGUAACUUCUUCUUUAAGAGGCUCCUCUGUCCUCCACUCGUUACCUGUAUUAAUGGCACCUGUUUGAACUUGUUAUCAGUAUAAAAGACACCUGUCCACAACCUCAAACAGUCACACUCCAAACUCCACUAUGGCCAAGACCAAAGAGCUGUCAAAGGACACCAGAAACAAAAUUGUAGACCUGCACCAGGCUGGGAAGACUGAAUCUGCAAUAGGUAAGCAGCUUGGUUUGAAGAGAUCAACUGUGGGAGCAAUUAUUAGGAAAUGGAAGACAUACAAGACCACUGAUAAUCUCCCUCGAUCUGGGGCUCCACGCAAGAUCUCACCCCGUGGGGUCAAAAUGAUCACAAGAACGGUGAGCAAAAAUCCCAGAACCACACGGGGGGACCUAGUGAAUGACCUGCAGAGAGCUGGGACCAAAGUAACAAAGCCUACCAUCAGUAACACACUACGCCGUCAGGGACUCAAAUCCUGCAGUGCCAGACGUGUCCCCCUGCUUAAGCCAGUACAUGUCCAGGCCCGUCUGAAGUUUGCUAGAGUGCAUUUGGAUGAUCCAGAAGAGAAUUGGGAGAAUGUCAGAUGAAACCAAAAUAGAACUUUUUGGUAAAAACUCAACUCAUCGUGUUUGGAGGACAAAGAAUGCUGAGUUGCAUCCAAAGAACACCAUACCUACUGUGAAGCAUGGGGGUGGAAACAUCAUGCUUUGGGGCUGUUUUUCUGCAAAGGGACCAGGACGACUGAUCCGUGUAAAGGAAAGAAUGAAUGGGGCCAUGUAUCGUGAGAUUUUGAGUGAAAACCUCCUUCCAUCAGCAAGGGCAUUGAAGGUGAAACGUGGCUGGGUCUUUCAGCAUGACAAUGAUCCCAAACACACCGCCUGGGCAACGAAGGAGUGGCUUCGUAAGAAGCAUUUCAAGGUCCUGGAGUGGCCUAGCCAGUCUCCAGAUCUCAACCCCAUAGAAAAUCUUUGGAGGGAGUUGAAAGUCUGUGUUGCCCAGCGACAGCCCCAAAACAUCACUGCUCUAGAGGAGAUCUGCAUGGCGGAAUGGGCCAGAAUUCCAGCAACAGUGUGUGAAAACCUUGUGAAGACUUACAGAAAACGUUUGACCUGUGUCAUUGCCAACAAAGGGUAUAUAACAAAGUAUUGAGAAACUUUAGUUAUUGACCAAAUACUUAUUUUCCACCAUAAUUUGCAAAUAAAUUCAUUAAAAAUCCUACAAUGUGAUUUUCUGGAAAAAGAAUUCUCAUUUUGUCUGUCAUAGUUGACGUGUACCUAUGAUGAAAAUUACAGGCCUCUCUCAUCUUUUUAAGUGGGAGAACUUGCACAAUUGGUGGCUGACUAAAUACUUUUUUUCCCCCACUGUAUAUAGGCGUGUGUCAGUAUGUUAAUAAGUGAGCUGAGGAUUUUCUUUCUAUCCUCGAUUGGAGGAUUCUCAAGUGUAUCCUACCGCGGAAGAGGGUUUUUAAAUUCAGAUUCCUUUGAAACAGGUUUUGAUUUUACAUUUCAGUCAUUUAGCAGACACUCUUAUCCAGAGCGACCUACAGUGCAUUCAUCUUAAGAUAACUAACUAGGUGAGACAACCACAUUACAGUCAUAGUAAGUACAUUUUUCCUCAAUAAAGAAGGGAUCAGCAAAGAGUUCUAAUAGGAAAAGAGAAGUGCAAGCUUUAUUUUUUUCCUAGCUUCAGGGGGAAGAUGGUUCCACCAUUGGGCUGCCAGGACAGACAAGAGCUUUGACUGGGCUGAGCGGGAGCUGCCCUCCCGUAGGGGUGGGAGAGCCAAGAGACCAGAGUUGGCAGAAUGGUGUGUUCGGGUUGGUUGGGAUGUAGGGUUUGAGCAUAGCCUAAAGGUAGGGAGGGGCAGUUCCUCUUGCUGCUCCGUAGGCAAGCACCAGUCUUGUAGUGGAUGCGAGCUUCGACUGGAAGCCAGUGGAGUGUUGGGAGGAGAGUGGUGACAUGGGAGAACUUGGGAAGGUUGAACACCAGGCGGGCGGGGGAGGAGAAAGCAUGCGCUACUUGUUUUAUUUAUUUUAAAAAAAAAUUAUAGUACAACUAGCUACAUUUCUUUUUACAUGUAUUUUGGGAUUCCACCCCGGUAAAUGUAAUUUGCCUGAUGACAUGCUAGUGUCAUCAUUUCACACAAGUGCAUUUGUUUCCUUUUCACCUCCUCUCCUUGCUUACUUUUGACCUUUUUCAAAAGGAGGUAAGGAGAGGACAGAGGAUGCGAGGAGUCGAGAAAAUCUCAUUGAGAAUCUCGCGUGCGCACACACAAAAUGCAAUUUGGGCACAUUGAGAGAAUUGUGAAGUUUGAAGGGACAAUGAAAACACCAGGGCUUGUAUACAUAAAGCCUCUCAGAGUAGGACUGAUGAUCUAGGACAGGGUUUCCUAAACAUUCAUGGUCACAAGGUUUUCCUUCAAGUUACCCCGGGAGUGCAGAAAGGGUUUAGUUGGCAGAAAUGCCAUCUGUUUUGAGUACAGCACUGCAAUGUUUCUAGGUCACCACUAGGUGGCAACAAUGCAUGUAAGACUGUACUGAGAACCAAUUCAUCAUUCCCUCCCCCCUUUCUCUCUCUCUCUCUCCAGACAACAGUAUAAAGAGCGCCUGAGUAUCCCCAUCAAGCUCCUGAUUGGCUACCAGUCACAUGAUGACACAUCUAGCAAGAGUGGUUCCACCACAAAGAACAUGUACUCAGUCUGAUCAACAGCACCCACCCCAACUCAACUACAAACCCUCUAGAGCUGGGUGAUAUGUACCAAAAUACAUAUCACGAUAAAUUGACUGAAUUAUCACGAUAACGAUAAAUUGAAUAAUAACUUUAUAACAUUAAUGUGCACCACAGUUAUUUUUUAUAUUACCCCUACAACUACUACUUUGAAUGUUAUAGCUAUCAAUUGUCCCAUUAACAGUCACCCAUAUUAGCAAACGUAUUUAAUUUCAAACUUCACAUUUCUUUAGUAGGGUCCUAUAGGUUAUCGUAAUGAACGAUAUCGGCCAAAUGUCCACGAUAAGUGGUCGGUUUGGUCGGUGUCGAUACUUUUCAGUUUAUCGUCCCAGCUCACUGCACCCCCAACAGAUUCAUACUUUUCAGUUGUCAACUACUGUUAGUGUCCUUCCUCUUUACAGACGAGAGAAUUGUUCAAACGUGUACGAAGUUAGAGCCGCCUCCCUAACACUUGAUUGGCCGGCUGGCUAACUGACGGAUCUUGUCCGGAGGAAAAGGAGAUCAGCUGAAGCUGUUGGGAUUUGAGCUAGAAGAUCAUUAACUAAAUGACUUAAUUUUAGAAUUGGUGAGUAUAUGUGACUAAUAAUACCAGUGGCUUCCCCACUACUAGCGUAGCUGAGGAGAAGAUAUGUCGUUUAAGGCUUGGUUAAAAAACAGACACCUUCCUUCGCUGUAAACCCAUUUCUUUUCUCAUGCAGAGUUUACUAUCACUUUCUGUUAUGAAAAGCGUUUCUCACCAACCACCCACGAUAGAAAAAGUAGACAAGAUUAAUUUACUCAGCAGAUUUUAAAGGGCAGCCAGCGUUUUAACCUGCUUUACUUGGAGGUGUUUGGCAUGAGAAGGGAUUGCAGAUGCACCUGCUACAGAAAAGACAACAGUAUCAACAACAACAAAAUGUUUGUAAAAGAAUAGUAGUGGUCACACGGUCUUAAAUGUGGAUAUUUUGGAAGAAAGAUCUCGUAAAGUUCCAGCCAUGCUGGGAUUGAGGAUUCUUUGCUUGUAAAACUAUGUUGAGCUAUAAUUUCUUUCUGCCCCCCAUUUCCCUAUUUAUUUAUGAUAUAUACAUUGAGGUUGAACUACUUAGUUGGAGGGCAACCAUAAAAAAACUCAAUUUCCUUACAAUAUCUUUUCCGUUUUGUUAUUGUUAUUGAGGAGGUUAACGACAUGGACUACUGCUUAAUAUAGAACAUUUUUUACAGUUUAUCAUAGCAAGUAAAGAUGCCUGGACAAGUUUUAGGUCUGCUUCUCACCGUUUUCUUCCUACGAAAAACGGUAUAACAUUUCGCACUACUCUCUGGAGCUGGUGCGAGUGGAGAAGAAAGGAUAUCUUCCUCUCUAUCCAUCGUUAAAUGAUUUUGCUCAUAAUGUAUCUUAAUGUAUAUUACCUUCUUUCAAGUAAAGGUUAAGUGCUUUGCAUUAAAACCAGAACCACGCCGUCUCCUUUCCUGUGUUGUCAGUUUAGUGUCACUUUCUAUAGUGUUAUGGUGGUGUAUUCAAUAUGCAGAUAAUGCACCGGUCAGCUCUGUAUAGAUAAUCAGAUCUUUACAAAGCCUGGAGGAGUGUUUAAUAACAUUUUAGGAACCCUAAUGUAUGAACAUCAUACAGUAUCUGCUCUUUCCCUGUGUUGAAAUGCAGAUGAUCCUUAGCCCCUCCUACUUGUAGCUCUCAAAGGAUAGGAUAUAGUACACUGCUCAAAAAAAUAAAGGGAACACUUAAACAACACAAUGUAACCCCAAGUCAAUCACACUUCUGUGAAAUCAAACUGUCCACUUAGGAAGCAACACUGAUUGACAAUAAAUUUCACAUGCUGCAAAUGGAAUAGACAACAGGUGGACAUUAUAGGCAAUUAGCAAGACACCCCCAAUAAAGAAGCGGUUCUGCAGGUGGUGACCACAGACCACUUCUCAGUUCCUAUGCUUCCUGGCUGAUGUUUUGGUCACUUUUGAAUGCUGGCGGUGCUUUCACUCUAGUGGUAGCAUGAGACAGUGUCUACAACCCACACAAGUGGCUCAGGUAGUGCAGCUCAUCCAGGAUGGCACAUCAAUGCGAGCUGUGGCAAGAAGGUUUGCUGUGUCUGUUAGCGUAGUGUCCAGAGCAUGGAGGCGCUACCAGGAGACAGGCCAGUACAUCAGGAGACGUGGAGGAGGCCGUAGGAGGGCCGCUACCUCCGCCUUUGUGCAAGGAGGAGCACUGCCAGAGCCCUGCAAAAUGACCUCCAGCAGGCCACAAAUGUGCAUGUGUCUGCUCAAACGGUCAGAAACAGACUCCAUGAGGGCCCGACGUCCACAGGUGGGGGUUGUGCUUACAGCCCAACACCGUGCAGGACGUUUGGCAUUUGCCAGAGAACACCAAGAUUGGCAAAUUCGCCACUGGCACCCUGUGCUCUUCACAGAUUAAAGCAGGUUCACACUGAGCACGUGACAGAGUCUGGAGAUGCCGUGGAGAACGUUCUGCUGCCUGCAACAUCCUCCAGCAUGACCGGUUUGGCGGUGGGUCAGUCCAUGGUGUGGGGUGGCAUUUCUUUGGGGGGGCCGCACAGCCCUCCAUGUGCUCGCCAGAGGUAGCCUGACUGCCAUUAGGUACCGAGAUUAGAUCCUCAGACCCCUUGUGAGACCAUAUGCUGGUGCGGUUGGCCCUGGGUUCCUCCUAAUGCAAGACAAUGCUAGACCUCAUGUGGCUGGAGUGUGUCAGCAGUUCCUGCAAGAGGAAGGCAUUGAUGCUAUGGACUGGCCCGCCCGUUCCCCAGACCUGAAUCCAAUUGAGCACAUCUGGGACAUCAUGUCUCGCUCCAUCCACCAACGCCACGUUGCACCACAGACUGUCCAGGAGUUGGCGGAUGCUUUAGUCCAGGUCUGGGAGGAGAUCCCUCAGGAGACCAUCCGCCACCUCAUCAGGAGCAUGCCCAGGCGUUGUAGGGAGAUCAUACAGGCACGUGGAGGCCACACACACUACUGAGCCUCAUUUUGACUUGUUUUAAGGACAUUACAUCAAAGUUGGAUCAGCCUGUAGUGUGGUUUUCCACUUUAAUUUUGAGGGUGACUCCAAAUCCAGACCUCCAUGGGUUGAUACAUUUGAUUUCCAUUGAUCAUUUUUGUGUGAUUUUGUUGUCAGCACAUUCAACUAUGUAAAGAAAAAAGUAUUUAAUAAGAUUAUUUCAUUCAUUCAGAUCUAGGAUGUGUUGUUUAAGUGUUCCCUUUAUUUUUUUGAGCAGUGUAGUAUGAUUGACUGGGUGGCUUUUUCUUUUUGUUGCCAUAUUGCUUACACACCUAUCCCAACAUGUAGCAGCUAAACAAGUGCUUAGGUACUAGGGGUUCAUUUAGAAUUCAGUAGUGAGCUAAAGGGUAUAUUUCAGAUACAGUUUUUCCAGAUGGUCAAGUUCUUCAUUGCCUGUAGGAGACUCGGGAACCACACCAACAUGAUACUGUAUAAACAUCAUCUGUACUAAAAUAUGGAUUUAGAAUGCACGCUUUGUACAUAGCAGGCAAAUUAACAUCAAGUAAUCCUCUGUCAGUGCACACACCCAACAGUCCUUAUUCCUUCAAAGCCCCUACAUUCAUGCAGCUAUCCGUCCAAGGCUAGAGUCAACAACACUAUGACAAGGUUUCCCAAACCUCUCCGGUUCAAACUCCACCUGACUUACCUGUUGACCUACAGUACACACUUGUCCUUAUGCAAAUACCACCUGGCAGCCAACGCCUGUCAACACCCCACAAUGCCAUGGUAAUGGUGGGACAAUACCUACUGUCUGCACUUAACAACACUGAUAUGAGUCAUACCUGUGUUCUAAGAACACUUGAUACUUGUGUUCCAGAGAUAUGCAUUUGUUUUUUACAUUAUGUUUGCACAUUUCCUCAGACAGUUGAGCAAGUGUGAAGAGACAUCGGUACUUGUUUCCACAUCUUGCCACUUAUGAGUGAGGCAAGGGGGACGUUUUUGUGAACGCAACAAACUCCCCUGCCUUGCAACAUUGAUAAACAGUAUUAGGGUUGACCCCAACCCACAGUAUAUCUAAGGAACGACUAUACUUAGAAGACUCCCUUGAUCUAUGUUGACAUCCUUUUUUACUGACUUCUUCAGAGCUCUGUCUUUGAAGUUGUGUACAUUAAGCUACAAGUACACAGGAGAAACCUUGCAGCGUUCCUACACACACACCGUUAUAACGGCCUACACCAGGGGUGUCAAACUCAUUUUAGCUCGGGCCACAUGGAGGAAAAUCUAUUCCCAAGUGGGCUGGACCGGAAAAAUCAUGGUAUAUAUAACUUAAAAACAACAACUUCAGAUUGUUUUCUUUGUUUUAAUACGAUCAACAUACAACAUAAAGCUGGAGCCUGAGGACAGUGUGUCCAAAAUAGUACAAGCACAACAUCACUAUUAAUCAUAAAACACGUCAAGUUUAUUUGAAAAUUCUAAAGAAAAAGAACACACAAACACACAAUGCCUCAGUGAUUAACAGAACUGUUUCACAGAUCACAGAACUAUAUCAGGGUGUCAUUUCUCAGGCAGAAAUGUAGAUAAAAAUAAUGAAAUCCUGUUCCCCAAACAAGUGCAAGAACCACAGAGUCAAGAAUAGGUUAAAUAUACAAAUAAAAUAGAAUCAAUUAAAAACAAUAGCACAUCAACAUAAAAACAUAUAAACAUAAAGCUGGAGCCUGAGGACAGUGUCCAAAAGCACAACAUCACUAUUAAUCAUAAAACACCUCAAGUUAUUUGAAAGUUCUGAGGACAAAGAACACACAAACACACAAUGCCUCAGUGAUUAACAGAACUGUUUCACAGAUCACAGAACUAUAUCAGGGUGUCAUUUCUCAGGCAGAAAUGUAGAUAAAAAUAAUGAAAUCCUGUUCCCCAAACAAGUGCAAGAACCACAGAGUCAAGAAUAGGUUAAAUAUACAAAUAAAAUAAAAUCAAUUAAAAACAAUAGCACAUCAACAUAAAGCUGGAGCCUGAGGACAGUGUCCAAAAGCACAACAUCACUAUUAAUCAUAAAACACCUCAAGUUAUUUGAAAGUUCUGAGGACAAAGAACACACAAACACACAAUGCCUCAGUGAUUCACAGAUCACAGAACUAUAUCAGGGUGUCAUUUCUCAGGCAGAAAUGUAGAUAAAAAUAAUGGAAAUCCUGUUCCCCAAACAAGUGCAAGAACCACAGAGUCAAGAAUAGGUUAAAUAUACAAAUUAAAUAAAAUCAAUUAAAAACAAUAGCACAUCAACAUAAAAACAUAUAAACAUAAAUCUGAAAGCGUUGCUCAAACUCCCUUAACAGUCCCGUUAUUUUAUCUUUGAACCGCUUCAUGUCUGCCACAUGUUGGGUCGCGCACACAUUUUUCAGACAGGGCAAGUGAGCUGCAUCACCACCGGCAAGUUGCGUCUCCCACAAUGACAGCUUCAACUUGAAAGAACGUAUGCUGUCAUAAUACUGCGUGACAACUUUGUUGCGCCCUUGCAGCUGUUUGUUCAAGUUAUUCAGGUGCUCUGUAACAUCCACCAUAAAUGCAAGGUCCUGCAUCCAUUCUGCGGAAUGAAAUUCUAACACUGGUUUGCCCUUUUCUUCCAUGAACUGUUCAAUUUCUUCUCGUAAAUCAAAGAAACGCCUCAGCACAGCACCUCGGCUUAACCAUCUUACCUCAGUGUGGUAUGGCAGGCCAUAGAUGUGGUCUUUCUCUCUGAGAAGGCUGUCAAACUGACGGUGAUUCAGGCUUCUGGAUCGGAUGAAAUUAACAGUUUGGAUGACCACCUUCAUGACGUUAUCCAUCUUUAAUGACUUGCAACACAAAGCCUCCUGGUGCAAAAUACAGUGAAAAGUCAAAAAAUCACGUCCUCCAUUUGCAGAUUGCACUUUCUCUCUGAACUUUGUCACAACGCCUGCUUUUUUCCCGAUCAUUGAGGGCGCACCAUCUGUAGCCAGGCUGACAGCGCGGGACCAGUCCACUCCGACCCUGUCCAGCGCGCCGACGAGUGCGGUAAAAAUAUCAGCUGCUGUCGUUGUAUCUGUCAUCGGCACCAACUCCACAAACUCCUCGGCGACGGUCAAUGUGUCAUCAACUCCGCGGAUGAAAAUGGCCAGUUGUGCAACAUCUGUAAUGUCCGUGCUUUCAUCAAUUGCAACCGAAAACGCAAUAAAUGACUUUACUUUUUGCUUCAACUGGCUGUCCAAAUCCACUGAAAGAUCGGAAAUCCUGUCUGCAACUGUGUUUCUUGUCAGGCUGAUAUUUGCAAAAGCCUGCCGCUUUUCAGGGCACACAAUCUCCGCUGCCUUCAUCAUGCAUGUUUUUACAAAUUCACCCUCACUAAAUGGUUUUGAAGCCACUGCGAUUUCAUUAGCAAUGAGGUAGCUAGCUUUCACUGCAGCGUCACUGAUGUCUCGGCUGUGAGUAAACACAGACUGCUGUUUCUUCAGACCCGCCAACAGUUCAUUCACCUUCUCUCAUCUCCGCUGUCCUUGAAAGUUGUCAUAUUUGUCGGCAUGAAGACUCACAUAGUGGCGACGAAGGUUAUAUUCUUUCAGCACUGCAACAUGCGCUGAACACACCAAACAUACAGCUUUCCCAUUCAAUUCCGUGAAUAAAUAGGAUGACCAUUUUUCUUGGAACACUCUGCACUCUGCGUCCACUUUUCUCUUUUUUGACAGAGACAUAUUGGGGCAAUGAGGGUGCCAAAGCACAUAAUGUUAAAAGUAGAAGCCCUAAUAAAUAUUGCGGGCAAAACAAAGUAGCUCAUUGGCUGCACGUGCUUGACCUACUUGCUCUGCCCCGGUAUAAACAGUUUGCUUGCUUAACACAAUUGCUAUUGCGCCAUCCAGUGGACGCAAUUGGAACAGCAGUUUAUUUUAUUGAAAAAUUGCAGCGCAUUUUUAUACUUUACAAAAUUAUUAUUAUUAUUAUUAUUAUUUUUUUUUUAUCAUCUCGCGGGCCGGAUUAAACCCGUUUGCGGGCCUGAUCCGGCCCGCGAGCCGGACGUUUGACACCCCUGGCCUACACACUAUAGCACCAUUUAUAUCUGCUGCUAACAUGCGUCCUGAUCUUGUCCGUUUACACUUAUAAGAUCUGAUCACAAUGCAUCUUUUAAUCAACUACACCUGUCUGAAAAUGUGAGCACGAUCCAGAAUGAAGAUAUGAUCAGGAUGCAUGUUAGCACCAGGUGUUAACAGGGUACUGUCUCCUAGCAACAGGUAUUAACGGUACUGUCUCCUAGCAUCAGGUAUUAACAGGGCUGCUAUCUCCUAGCACCAGGUAUUAACAGGGUACUGUCUCCUAGCACCAGGUAUUAACAGGGUACUGUCUCCUAGCAUCAGGUAUUAACAGGGUACUGUCUCCUAGCAUCAGGUAUUAACAGGGCUGCUAUCUCCUAGCACCAGGUAUUAACAGGGUACUGUCUCCUAGCAAUAGGUAUUAACAGGGUACUAUCUCCUAGCACCAGGUAUUAACAGGCUACUGACUCCUAGCACCAGGUAUUAACGGCUGUAGUUUUGUAGAAAUUUUGAAUAAUAAUCUACAUUUAUAAAUCUGACUCCAUUAUUAUGGGAAUAAAUGCAACAGGACCUGUGCAUCUGGAGGAUAUAGCAAGAUAGCGAAUCAUUGCAUCAUCGACUCAGUAUGACUCUAAUUAACAUGUGUCUAUCUUGCACUGUUGUGCAGUUAUUAAGAGGCUAGAUACAGUGGGGAAAAAAAGUAUUUAGUCAACCACCAAUUGUGCAAGUUCUCCCACUUAAAAAGAUGAGAGAGGCCUGUAAUUUUCAUCAUAGGUACACGUCAACUAUGACAGACAAAAUGAGAAAAAGAAAUCCAGAAAAUCACAUUGUAGGAUUUGUAAUGAAUUUAUUUGCAAAUUAUGGUGGAAAAUAAGUAUUUGGUCAAUAACAAAAGUUUCUCAAUACUUUGUUAUAUACCCUUUGUUGACAAUGACACAGGUCAAACGUUUUCUGUAAGUCUUCACAAGGUUUUCACACACUGUUGCUGGUAUUUUGGCCCAUUCCUCCAUGCAGAUCUCCUCUAGAGCAGUGAUGUUUUGGGGCUGUCGCUGGGCAACACAGACUUUCAACUCCCUCCAAAGAUUUUCUAUGGGUUUGAGAUCUGGAGACUGGCUAGGCCACUCCAGGACCUUGAAAUGCUUCUUACGAAGCCACUCCUUCGUUGCCCGGGCGGUGUGUUUGGGAUCAUUGUCAUGCUGAAAGACCCAGCCACGUUUCAUCUUCAAUGCCCUUGCUGAUGGAAGGAGGUUUUCACUCAAAAUCUCACGAUACAUGGCCCCAUUCAUUCUUUCCUUGACACGGAUCAGUCGUCCUGGUCCCUUUGCAGAAAAACAGCCCCAAAGCAUGAUGCUUCCACCCCCAUGCUUCACAGUAGGUAUGGUGUUCUUUGGAUGCAACUCAGCAUUCUUUGUCCUCCAAACACGACAAGUUGAGUUUUUACCAAAAAGUUAUAUUUUGGUUUCAUCUGACCAUAUGACAUUCUCCCAAUCCUCUUCUGGAUCAUCCAAAUGCACUCUAGCAAACUUCAGAUGGGCCUGGACAAGCAGGGGGACACGUCUGGCAGUGCAGGAUUUGAGUCCCUGGCGGCGUAGUGUGUUACUGGUGGUAGGCUUUGUUACUUUGGUCCCAGCUCUCUGCAGGUCAUUCACUAGGUCCCCCCGUGUGGUUCUGGGAUUUUUGCUCACCGUUCUUGUGAUCAUUUUGACCCCACAGGGUGAGAUCUUGCGUGGAGCCCCAGAUCGAGGGAGAUUAUCAGUGGUCUUGUAUGUCUUCCAUUUCCUAAUAAUUGCUCCCACAGUUGAUUUCUUCAAACCAAGCUGCUUACCUAUUGCAGAUUCAGUCUUCCCAGCCUGGUCCAGGUCUACAAUUUUGUUUCUGGUGUCCUUUGACAGCUCUUUGGUCUUGGCCAUAGUGGAGUUUGGAGUGUGACUGUUUGAGGUUGUGGACAGGUGUCUUUUAUACUGAUAACAAGUUCAAACAGGUGCCAUUAAUACAGGUAACGAGUGGAGGACAGAGGAGCCUCUUAAAGAAGAAGUUACAGGUCUGUGAGAGCCAGAAAUCUUGCUUGUUUGUAGGUGACCAAAUACUUAUUUUCCACCAUAAUUUGCAAAUAAAUUCAUAAAAAAUCAUACAAUGUGAUUUUCUGGAUUUUCUUUUCUGAAUUUGUCUGUCAUAGUUGACGUGUACCUAUGAUGAAAAUUACAGGCCUCUCUCAUCUUUUUAAGUGUGAGAACUUGCACAAUUGGUGGCUGACUAAAUACUUUUUUUCCCCACUGUACGAAGCUAAUCCUGGAGACUAAUGUUCUAGCAUUCAUUUAUUGAGGCAAGCAGAUCAGAGAUGUCAAGGUGGUAUCCAAGUAUGUGUAUAGUGUAAUUAACAACUAUCAAUAGACCUACUAAAUUAUUGGAAUUUUUUUAUUCUAUUUUAUUUCACCUUUAUUUAACUAGGCACGUCAGUUAAGAACAAAUUCUUAUUUACAAUGACGGCCUACCAAAAGGCAAAAGGCCUCCUGCUGUGACGGGGGCUGGGAUUAAAAAUAAAUAAAAUAUAGGACAACACACGACACGACAAGAGAGGUGUGUUUCAGACCCCUUGACUUUUUCCACAUUUUGUUACCUUACAGCCUUAUUCUAAAAUGGAUUUUUUAAAAUGUUUUCAUCAAUCACAGAAUACCCCAUAAUGACAAAGCGAAAACAGGUUUUUAUAAAUGUUUGCAAAUUUAUUAAAAUAAAGAGCAGAAAUACCCUUUGCUAUGAGACUUGAAAUUGAGCUCAGGUGCAUCCUGUUCUCAUUGAUCAUCUUUGAAAUGUUUCUACAACUUGGUUGGAGUCCACCUGUGGUCAAUUAAAUUGAUUGGGCGGCGCACAAUUGGCCCAGCGUCGUCCAGGGUAGGGGAGGGAAUGGCCGGCAGGGAUGUAGCUCAGUUGAUAGAGCAUGGCGUUUGCAACGCCAGGGUUGUGGGUUCGAUUCCCACGGGGGGCCAGUAUAAAAAAAAAAAGAUGUAUUCACUAACUGUAAGUCGCUCUGGAUAAGAGCGUCUGCUAAAUGACUAAAAUGUAAAUGUAAUUGGACAUGAUUUGGAAAGGCACACACCUGUUUAUAUAAGUUCCCACAGUUGACAGUGCAUGUCAGAGCAAAAACCAAGCCAUGAGGUAGAAGGAAUUGUCCGUAGCACUCCGAGACAGGAUUGUGUCGAGGCACAGAUCUGGGGAAGGGUACCAAAAAUGUCUGCAGCAUUGAAGGUCCCCAAGAACACAGUGGCCUCCAUUCAUAAAUGGAAGAAGUUUGGAACCACGAAGGCUCUUCUUAGAGCUGGCUGCCCGGCCAAACUGAGCAAUCGGAAGAGAAGGGCCUUGGUCAGGGAGGUGACCAACAACCUGAUGGUCACUGACAGAGCUCCAGAGUUCCUUUGUGGAGAUGGGAGAACCUUCCAGAAGGACUACCGUCUCUGCAGCACUCCACCAAUCAGGCAUUUAUGGUAGAGUGGCCAGGCGGAAGCAACUCCUCAGUAAAAGGCACAUGACAGCCCGCUUGGAGUUUGCCAAAAGGCACCUAAAGGACUCUGACCAUGAGAAAUAAGAUUCUCUGGUCUGAUGAAACCAAGAUUGAACUCUUUGGCCUGAAUGCCAAGCGUCACGUCUGGAGGAAACCCGGCACCGCUCAUCACCUGGCCAAUACCAUCCCUACGGUGAAGCAUGGUGGUGGCAGCAUCAUGCUGUGGGGAUGUUUUUUAGCGGCAGUGACUGGGAGACUAGUCAGGAUUGAGGGAAAGGUGAACGGAGCAAAGUACAGAGAGAUCCUUGACGAAAAACUGCUCCAAGGUGCUCAGGGCCUCAGACUGGGGGCGAAGGUUCAACUUCCAACAGGACAACGACCCAAAGCACACAGCCAGUGGUGUGAAAGUGUUUGCCCCCUUCCUGAUUUCUUUUUUUUUUUGCAUGUUUGUCACACUUAAAUGUUUCAGAUCAAACACAUUUAAAUAUUAGUCAAAGAUAACACAAGUAAACACAAAAUGCAGUUUUGAAAUGAAGGUUGUUAUUAUUAAGGGAAAACAAAAUCCAAACCCACAUGGCCCUGUGUGAAAAAGUGAUUGCCCCCUACAACCUAAUAACUGGUUGGGCCACCCUUAGCAACAACAACUGCAAUCAAGCAUUUGCGAUAACUUGCAAUGAGUCUUUUACAGCGCUGUGGAGGAAUUUUGGCCCACUCAUCUUUGCAGAAUUGUUGUAAUUCAGCCACAUUGGAGGGUUUUCGAGCAUGAACUGCCUUUAAGGUCAUGCCACAGCAUCUCAAUAGGAUUCAGGUCAGGACUUUGACUAGGCCACUCCAAAGUCUUCAUUUUGUUUUUCUUCAGCCAUUCAGAGGUGGACUUGCUGGUGUGUUUUGGAUCAUUGUCCUGCUGCAGAACCCAAGUUCGCUUCAGCUUGAGGUCACGAACAGAUGGCCGGACAUUCUCCUUCAGGAUUUUUUGGUAGACCGCAGAAUUCAUGGUUCCAUUUAUCACAGCAAGUCUUCCAGGUCCUGAAGCAGCAAAACAGGCCCAGACCAUCACACUACCACCACCAUAUUUUACUGUUGGUAUGAUGUUCUUUUUCUGAAAUGCAGUGUUACUUUUACGCCAGAUGUAAUGGGACACACACCUUCCAAAAAGUUCAACUUUUGUCUCGUCAGUCCACAGAGUAUUUCCCCAGAGGUCUUGGGGAUCAUCCAAGAUGUUUUCUGCAAAAAUGAGACGAGCCUUAAUGUUCUUUUUGCUCAGCAGUGGUUUUCGUCUUGGAACUCUGCCAUGCAGGCCAUUUUUGCCCAGUCUCUUUCUUAUGGUGGAGUCAUGAACACUGACCUUAACUGAGGCAAGUGAGGCCUGCAGCUCUUUGGAUGUUGUUGUGGGGUCUUUUGUGACCUCUUGGAUGAGUCGUCGCUGCGCUCUGGGGGUAAUUUUGGUCGGCCGGCCACUCCUGGGAAGAUUCACCACUGUUCCAUGUUUUCACCAUUUGUGGAUAAUGGCUCUCACUGUGGUUCGCUGGAGUCCCAAAGCUUUAGAAAUGGCUUUAUAACCUUUUCCAGACUGAUGGAUCUCAAUUACUUUCUUUCUCAUUUGUUCAUGAAUUUCUUUGGAUCACGGCAUGAUGUCUAGCUUUUGAGGAUCUUUUGGUCUACUUCACUUUGUCAGGCAGGUCCUAUUUAAGUGAUUCCUUGAUUGAGAACAGGUGUGGCAGUAAUCAGGCCUGGGUGUGGCUAGAGGAAUUGAACUAAGGUGUGAUAAACCACAGUUGAGUUGUGUUAUAACAGGGUGGCAAACACUUUUUCACACAGGGCCAUGUAGGUUUGGAUUUUGUUUUCCCUUAAUAAUAACAACCUUCAUUUCAAAACUGCAUUUUGUGUUUACUUGUGUUAUCUUUGACUAAUAUUUAAAUGUGUUUGAUGAUCUGAAACAUUUAAGUGUGACAAACAUACAAACAAAUAAGAAAUCAGGAAGGGGGCAAACACUUUUUCAUUUACAUUUACAUCAUUUAGCAGACGCUCUUAUCCAGAGCGACUUACAAAUUGGUGCAUUCAACUUAUGAUAGCCAGUGGGACAACCACAUUUUUUUUUUAUGGGGGGGGUAGAAGGAUUACUUUAUACUAUUCCAGGUAUUCCUUAAAGAGGUAGUGUUUCACGUGUCUCCGGAAGGUGGUCAGUGACUCCGCUGUCCUGGCGUCGUGGGGGAGCUUGUUCCACCAUUGGGGUGCCAGAGCAGCAAAUUGCUUUGACUGGGCUGAGCGGGAACUGUGCUUCCGUAGAGGUAGGGGAGCUAGCAGGCCAGAGGUGGAUGAACGUAGUGCCCUCGUUUGGGUGUAGGAUCAGAACCUGAAAGUAAGUAGGUGCCGUUCCCCUCACAGCUCCGUAGGCAAGCACCAUGGUCUUGUAGUAGAUGCGAGCCUCAACUGGAAGCCAGUUUCACACCACUGUAUAUAAAAAAACAAGGCUAUGUGUGUCUGAUACAUUUUAGUCAUUUAGCAGACGCUCUUAUCCAGAGCGACUUACAGUUAGUGAGUGCAUACAUUUUGAUACAUAAAGGAGCUUGGUAGCAUUUUAACCAAAUUCAAGCAGGAAUGCACCCCCAACCUGAAUUAACGUUUCUUAGCACUUUGCUAGUAAAACAAAAGGCAGGAACUACACACCCAGAUUAGUAUCUAAUCAACUAAAUUUGAAUGUUAUGACCGGACAACAGGAAUGUGCCUGAUAACCAGUCAACCCAACAUACAAUUUCAAUCCAGUCACUUCAAAAAUACAUCAACCAGAAAACAUACAAUGCAAUAAGACAUAUCAAAAUUCAAAGCUCUUUAUGAACUCUUGAAACAAUCCAAACAUGACAAUUUAAUUCACACAGUAACGUUCAUUUCGUCAAUUCAAGUUGUCAUCAGUCACCACACCUCUCCUGGCAUCAGUGACCCCAGGACUUCCGUGAGAACGUCUACUCCUGGAGAUUGCCAUGGGGGGGAUCAUGUGGCUCUCCUGUGAGAUGCAAAUAUACAGCCAUCCAUCCGGACAAUGCCAUAUUCAAUCAACAUGCCAGGCUGGCGUCAACAAGUUGCUAGACGCAUCUUCCUCACUGGCCUUCAUCAUCGUUCACAUUUGUUCACUCUAUUUUUCCACUACAGAGCUACUGUCUCCUAGCACCAGGUAUUAACAGGGUACUGUGUCCUUUGAAGCAUUACAUAAAUAGGUCAGACCCUGGAGCGAGGUGUGUUGAUGUGGAAACCAAGGUUAUUUUAGUUUUGUGUUUUUAUGUUUUUAUUUCUGUUAGUUUUAAGAUUUUAUUUGAAAUUCAGUUUAGUUUCAGUUAGUUUCAGAUCCACUUCACUCAUUUUUAUUUUGUUUAAGUUUGAUACAAAUAAAUAUUUCGUUUUUUAUAUUAUUUAGUUUCAGUUUUAGUGUUAGGGACAGAAAGUAGACUAUGACUGGGAUGCUAGGAGCAAUUUAUGUGUUUUGGGGAUGUCACUUCUUGCAACUAUGGGGCAGUAAUGCAUAAGGUGAUGGGUCAGUUCAUACGUAAAAAUGUAUGCACACAUGACUGUAAGUCGCUUUGGAUAAAAGCGUCUGCCUAAUGGAAUAUUAUAUUAUAGGUUAGGUUUAAAGGUAGACUCAGCGAGAUGACGUAGAUGCACGAACUAAACAGUAGUAGUGGGUCAAUUUCCUCAACAACCAGGAGACGUUGAAACGUGAGGCUAAACUUCUCCCCUGUUUUGGUCCUGUAGCUCCCGCGUUGUAGCAGCGUGAAGCGCACCCGUGCAAAUGAUCCAAUACUCUGUGUGAUUGUGUAUGAGCAAAAUCUAGCAAUGUGUACACAUAUAAUAUUAAUAUAUUAUGAUUUCAGUUUGUGGGGGUUAUAAACAUGAACAGUAUAUAAUCAAGAAAACCUUUUAAUAAACAAUGGCAACACUGCCAUGUUGAUCUGAGCCUUGCUGUUGGAAAACCACAUUAGUGUCUGACUUUCGGCUGUCGCAUGUGCACCUCCCCCUGACUUUAUUCUUCAACUUGAGCCUUACCACUCAAACACGCACAAUAUCUGAGGUGCUGAUCUUGCUGAGUCUACCUUUAAAUUGAUAAAGUCAAUCUCCUUCCAGAUUCAUAAGCUUGAAAACCCAAUCAGAACCCCCCCCCCCCCGCCAAAGAAAAAAACGAAAACGGAACAUAAUUCAUAUUGUUUAUUUGUUCAUUUUUUGUUCGUUUUGGAGUCAAAGAUAAUAGUAUCAUUUUAGUUUUAGCUUUUCAAACAGGUUUGUUCAUUAUUUUAUUUAAGUUUACUAAAAUGCCCAGUGGGAAAUGCGAAGAUGUAAUCAUGUAGUCCCAUGAUAUGUUGUUGCACGAAAGCCCUGAAUAGGACCACUGUAGAAAAGGACACCGAUACAUCAGUAAGAAAGAGGAAGAACAAAGGAACAAAGUAUGACGCCUUGCUAAGACAUAUGUUAUUUUCAGAAUGAUCUAUCACAAAUACAAAGACAGCUUUUCAUUAAUCAACGGCCACACCUAAAGGCCUGCAUCCUUCCCACUACACCCCCUGUUCCAUGGCAGGUUUAGAAUCAUCACUGGCUUCUCAUCUUGCCACUCAGAAACAAAUCAGCUACUUGAUCAUCUUUUUAAUGUUAAGGCUGUCAAAAGAGAUCACUGGGCUCAGAUUCCAUCGCAACAUUACACUUCAGUACUUUACUAUGCAGACAAUUACAUUUUUAUACAACAAGUAAUUAUGUUGUUGUUACCUGGUAUACUUCAAUAGCACAGUAAUGCCACCAAGAUAUCAUGUUUAAACAUAUAGACAACAUAUUGAAAAAAGAGCUAACAACGUCAUUGAACAUUCUCCAUGGCCCAUCAAAUGGGACAUUUCACUUUGAUCAAUUCAGGACAUGGGAACAGAAAUAAUGACUUUAGUGCUUACAGUGACUACUACUCAAAUGCUGAGGUAUUCUGGUGUUGGUUCAUCAGUGGCUAAGAAGAUUGUAGGAUCAACAGUUUUCCCUUUUGAAAGCAUCCAGAUAUACUCCCCAAGACGAAGUACAUUGAUUUGGUGUGACAGGAAGAACUCCUUUUUCUGUUUGUCUUUAGGGGCUGCAUAAGAACAAUGUCAGCCCUGAUAAAAAAUGUUUUGAUAAAUAAAUAAUCCUAAAAAAUGUGAGUUGGUCCAGGAGCAAAGUCAAAGAUCAAAUAUAUGAUCCUCAUGAUGCCCCUACGUCAGUGUUUUCCAAACGGUGGGUCGUGGCCUAUUCAGCUGAUUUGUUUUUGAUCGCAGUCAGACUGGGUCCUGGUUACAAACAAUUGUUCCCUUUACUUGGUUGGUCCAAUUCCACAAGCUUUAGAUCUGUCACAACACAGAAAAGUUUGCAAACUACUGGGUCGUGUCAUUAGGGCACACCAUAACAAAAUGUUUUAAAAUGACAAUGAAGUCCAGCUAGUCUCUCUCUGUUUCGGACUGUUUUUUUUUCAAUUUCAUGCCUAAUGAACUAGACCCCAGUGUCUCUUACAGUAGCCAGCCCAGCAGCAUCUUCUCUCCUCAGGCCAGAAGGAUAGGCUUCUCCUCAUCUCUCUUCCCCAGCAGCGUGGACAACAUGGAGGAGGAGAAAAAACAGAACUCCACAGCGAAGCUGAGCUCAAACAGCUCCAGGUUAACACUCAUUAUCCACUCAAACACGGCCGCUGAGUGCUUGUACAUGUAUUCCUCCUGUACAAACAAGAUGGUGUCUAGAGGGGUCAGAGGUCAAGAAAGGGGAACAGAAGUUGUUGGGUGACAGGUUAUGGCAUACCCUCAUCGAGUUUAUGUUUAUAGGAACCUACGCAUAUGUUCCAAGGAACAAGGAAAUACAAUCUCUACAAGGCAAAAGACGUUGAAGAAAUUAAAACAUUUCGCAUCAGUAAACAGAUAAACACACAGAUAGGCAUCCUCACUGUUAAGGUUCAGUAUCUUGUUAUCCCCUACUACCUAGAACUGUGCCUUUCAGGGCCUGUUGAAGUUGAAGAAGUAUGGAAGCGGACACUCUUCUUGCAUUGUGUUGUUAUAAGCAGUUAUGUAGUGAAGGGUAAACCUUUUUUACCCACUUUUUGCGGAAUAAUGUAUUGAAAGUAUAGGGAGAGUUACUUUACUUUAGCAUUUAAGCACCUUUUUUUUUUACCACAACAUCGCUAGUUAUAAAGGUCUGGGUUCAGGGGUUAGGGUUAUAAUGUUAAUCAGUGCAGGUGAAAGGAUACAGCCAAUGGUGACGAUGAUCUGGACCCCAGUAGAGAUGACCCGUGCUGGGUAGAGGAACCACUCCAUCCGGGUCAGAACACACUUCCUUGUGAGCACCGUGAGGAGCAGACUGUAGAAACAGAUACACAGGAAGCUCACCGCAGCCCCCAGGUAAUGGGCCAGCUUCAGGUACUCGGGCUGGAGGAGAGAGGACAGACAGGUUACAAUUAGUAUCAGGUAAUCAGUUACCCUGGCUGGAGGAGAGGCUUAAGACAAGUUAACGUUUAGCUAUUCUAGGUAACUUGUUCCACUCGAGCUGCAAAACACAAAGCCAAAGCACUUGUCACACAAUACUCAAAUUCUUCAAUGGUGGAUAUGUUUCGGUGACAGAGAACAUUCUUUAUUUUUACUAUUUUUUACAUUGUAGAAUAUUAGUGAAGACAUCAAAACUAUGAAAUAACACAUAUGGAAUCAUGUAGUAAUCACAAGAGUGUUAAACAAAUCAAAAUGUAUUUGAUAUUCUUCAAAUAGCCACCUUUUGCCUUGAUGACAGCUUUACACACUCUUGGCAUUCUCUCAACCAGCUUCAUGAGGUAGUCACCUGGAAUGCAUUUCAAUUAACAGGUGUGCCUUCUUAAAAGUUAAUUUGUGGAAUUUCUUUCCUUAUUAAUGUGUUUGAGCCAAUCAGUUGUCUUGUGACAAGGUAGGGUUAGCCCUAUUUGGUAAAAGACCAAGUCCAUAUUAUGGCAAGAACAGCUCAAAUAAGCAAAGAGAAACGACAGUCCAUCAUUACUUUAAGACAUGAAGGUCAGUCAAUAUGGAACAUUUCAAGAACUUUGAAAGUUUCUUCAAGUGCAGUUGCAAAACCAUCAAGCGCUAUGAUGAAACUAGCUCUCAUGAGGACCACCACAGGAAUGGAAGACCCAGAGUUACCUCUGCUGCAGAGGAUAUGUUCAUUAGAGUUAUCAGCCUCAGAAAUUGCCUGAGCAAUUUUGACAAAAACGAAGGAUACAGUGGGGAAAAAAAGUAUUUAGUCAGCCACCAAUUGUGCAAGUUCUCCCACUUAAAAAGAUGAGAGAGGCCUGUAAUUUUCAUCAUAGGUACACGUCAACUAUGACAGACAAAUUGGAGAAAGAAAAUCCAGAAAAACACAUUGUAGGAUUUUUAAUGAAUUUAUUUGAAAAUUAUGGUGGAAAAUAAGUAUUUGGUCACCUACAAACAAGCAAGAUUUCUGGCUCUCACAGACCUGUAACUUCUUCUUUAAGAGGCUCCUCUGUCCUCCACUCGUUACCUGUAUUAAUGGCACCUGUUUGAACUUGUUAUCAGUAUAAAAGACACCUGUCCACAACCUCAAACAGUCACACUCCAAACUCCACUAUGGCCAAGACCAAAGAGCUGUCAAAGGACACCAGAAACAAAAUUGUAGACCUGCACCAGGCUGGGAAGACUGAAUCUGCAAUAGGUAAGCAUCUUGGUUUGAAGAAAUCAACUGUGGGAGCAAUUAUUAGGAAAUGGAAGACAUACAAGACCACUGAUAAUCUCCCUCGAUCUGGGGCUCCACGCAAGAUCUCACCACGUGGGGUCAAAAUGAUCACAAGAACGGUGAGCAAAAAUCCCAGAACCACACGGGGGGACCUAGUGAAUGACCUGCAGAGAGCUGGGACCAAAGUAACAAAUCCUACCAUCAGUAACACACUACGCCGCCAGGGACUCAAAUCCUGCAGUGCAAGACGUGUCCCCCUGCUUAAGCCAGUACAUGUCCAGGCCCGUCUGAAGUUUGCUAGAGUGCAUUUGGAUGAUCCAGAAGAGGAUUGGUAGAAUGUCAUAUGGUCAGAUGAAACCAAAAUAGAACUUGUUGGUAAAAACUCAACUCGUCGUAUUUGGAGGACAAAGAAUGCUGAGUUGCAUCCAAAGAUCACCAUACCUACUGUGAAGCAUGGGGGUGGAAACAUCAUGCUUUGGGGCUGUUUUUCUGCAAAGGGACCAGGAUGACUGAUCCGUGUAAAGGAAAGAAUGAAUGGGGCCAUGUAUCGUGAGAUUUUGAGUGAAAACCUCCUUCCAUCAGCAAGGGCAUUGAAGAUGAAACGUGGCUGGGUCUUUCAGCAUGACAAUGAUCCCAAACACACCGCCCGGGCAACGAAGGAGUGGCUUCGUAAGAAGCAUUUCAAGGUCCUGGAGUGGCCUAGCCAGUCUCCAGAUCUCAACCCCAUAGAAAAUAUUUGGAGGGAGUUGAAAGUCUGUGUUGCCCAGCGACAGCCCCAAAACAUCACUGCUCUAGAGGAGAUCUGCAUGGAGGAAUGGGCCAAAAUACCAGCAACAGUGUGUGAAAACUUUGUGAAGACUUACAGAAAACGUUUGAUCUGUGUCAUUGCCAACAAAGGGUAUAUAACAAAGUAUUGAGAAACUUUUGUUAUUGACCAAAUACUUAUUUUCCACCAUAAUUUGCAAAUAAAUUCAUUAAAAAUCCUACAAUGUGAUUUUCUGGAUUUUUUUUCCUCAUUUUGUCUGUCAUAGUUGACUUGUACCUAUGAUGAAAAUUACAGGCCUCUCUCAUCUUUUUAAGUGGGAGAACUUGCACAAUAGGUAGCUGACUCCUGAGUGGCGCAGUGGUCUAAGGCACUGCAUCGCAGUGCUAACUGUGCCACUAGAGAUCCUGGUUCGAAUCCAGGCUCUGUCGCAGCCGGCCGCGACCAGGAGACUCAUGGGCGGCGCACAAUUGGCCCAGCGUCGUCUAGGGUAGGGGAGGGAAUGGCCGGCAGGGAUGUAGCUCAGUUGAUAGAGCAUGUUUGCAACGCCAGGGUUGUGGAUUCGAUUCCCACGGGGGGCCAGUAUAAAAAAAAAAAUAUGUAAUCACUAACUGUAAGUCGCUCUGGAUAAGAGCGUCUGCUAAAUGACUAAAAUGUAAAAUGUAAAUGUCUGACUAAAUACUUGUUUUCCCCACUGUAUAUGUUGCCUUAAGAGUUAUGCAAAGUUGGUAGAAUCUUAAUGAAAAGGAUUCACAGCUGUAAUGGCUGCCAAAGGUGCUUCCACCAAGUUUUAACUCAGGGGGGUGGAGACCUAUCCAAUUAUGAUAUUUCUGGAAUGUUCUAUAACUUUCUUUCACUUUGAAAAUGUGGAGUAGGUUAUGUAGAUCUGUAGAAAAAAAAUCUAAUUUAAUCCCUUUUUAGUUGAAAGUUUUAAGGGAGUUAUUUAAAAACCUCCAAAUAACCUAUAAUUUCAGUUCACAGAGCGUUAAUAAAACCUCCCAGGAAAACUUUCAAGGAACCAGAGUAAAACGUUCUCAGAACCUCCCUGCAACCUAAAAUUAAAUGUUCCCAGAACAGGCAAAAUUUGUACUUCUGUUCUCAGAACGUUUAAAAAACUUUCAAUUUUCCCGGUCAGGAAACAUAUGGCCAACCAAUGUGAAACCAAAAACAUACGUUUCCACAACUUCCAAGGAACCAAAUGUGCUAGCUGGGCUGUUCCCAAAGAAGAGACAAAAGGCAAGAGACUCCCUGCAUGAUCUUCUUCUGAAGAAAACAUCUGACAAUCUUUGAUUUUGUGGUGAAUUAUCUGUCUACGUCUAUGAAAUAAUGUCAAAAAGAUACACAUUGGCCUCCAGAGUGGCGCAGUUGUCUAAGGCGCUGCUUCGCAGUGCUAGCUGUGCCACUAGAGAUCCUGGUUCGAGUCCAGGCUCUGUUGCAGCGACCGGGAGACCAAAAGGAGCGGCGCACAAUUGGCCCAGCGUCGUCCAGGUUAAGGGAGGGUUUGACCGGCAGUGGAGGGGUUGAUGUUCUUGUCCCAUCGCGCACUAGCGACUCUUGUGGCGGGCCGGGCGCAGUGCACGCUGACUUCGGUCGCAAGGUGUACAGUGUUUCCUCCGACACAUUGGUGCGGCUGGCUUCCAGGUUAAGCGGGCAUUGUGUCAAGAAGCAGUGCGGCUCGGUUGUGUUUUGGAGGACGCACGGCUCUCGUGUCCGUACGGGAGUUGCAGCGAUUGGAUACCACGAAAAAGGGGGUAAAAUACCCACACACAAAAAAUAUCAAAAAGGUACACAUUGACAUGUCUAUUGUACUUUUCCACUGAUGUUCUGCCAUCCGUAGGUAUGUCUGCACACAUUAACAAACCUACCAAACGUGUCAUAGAUGUUUGUUUGCUUUGCUGCCACUCCUCUCUUUGUUCAUAAUUCAAGAUUUAAUUGAACCGCACCUCAGGAGAUAUUGUUAACACACCUUGUCAGUGUCAGUAGAGUGCCAAUUCAAAGUACACUUUAAACUUGAUAGACCUUUUUGUCUUUCCCUAACCUACUCCUGGAUUGAAGUUUUUUUUUUUCAUACCUGUGAAGUUCGGUUUAA